CUUCAACAUAGUCAUAGACCUGCAUGUAUCCUACAACCUAAUCCAAUAAACUCACUACGGUUUCAGGUGAAACACACAUAGUGAGCUCAUUGUAAUAGGAAAGCGUCCUUUAGAAGCGGUGCACAGCAGGACAUGCCUGAAACGCAGAGCGGUCCCACCACAACAGAUACCAUGGCGCAGAAGACGGCUGCGGGAAAGGCGGCGUCGCCACCGAAGAAGAAGGACGCAGCGACAGCGAGCGUCGUCGUCGAUCCUCUUAUCGCAAAGAGGAAGGUUCGUCUAUUUUGAAAGUCAAAGUUUUUUUACUGUAACUGCGGCUUACAACAUUUUUCCGUAUCUUUCUAACAAGCCAGAAAGAUUGCGAAAACAACUUAGACGUAGUACAUUACAGAACGACUGCUAGUAAUUAUAUUAGAACCUUCAUCCUGGUCCUGCUCGUGCUCCUGGGUGUAGAUGUAGUAGGCAAACAUGAAGGUGAACAUCGACUGUCCCCCUCCCCAUUCAACACCUUGCCACAGGGCCAGAUCGACAGUUUCGCAGAAAUGCCUCUUCUAGAAAAAGCGAAGCCAUACAUUCUUCAAUAUUCCCAACAAGCUGCGACGGCAUGCGUCUGGACAGAGACGAAUGCCAUUCCAAUGGCGCACAAAGCCUUUGAGUAUUUGCUUGCAGAUGUCCAUUCGAAGUAGGCUAGUAUCAUGAUCUAUAUCAUCUGCCCGCUCAAGACCAAGACUCGUGACAAAAAGCUAUCUUCCAAAAGCAAGAGAGACUCAAAGCAGCUGUAACGUAUCAAAGCAUAAAUUGGCUUCGACCGUCCGAGUAGUACAACUCUAUUUCAAAAAAGCACUUACUCGGAUUUUUGAAUUUUAGGAACGGAUGUAUAAUUUGGAAAAAAGUCGAGCCCUACCUUCAAGGCGAAGACGGUUCGGAAAUUGUGGUGAUGCUCGCAGGUUUGGGCCUCUGUCUCUUCGGCGGCUGCUUUCCCCUACUCAUCGCCGCUUACGAAGCCUUCCGAAUGGCGGGAUGGGAUGGUUUUUAACGAUAAUGGCAUGAUGGUCUGCUGCUCUCCACUCAACAAACAUACAGUCAUUUUUCUCCGUAGUAGAAUUUGUAUAAUUCGAAAACUUGCAGGAUAAUUUGCUAACUUCUAGUAAAUAUCUCUCUCAAGUACAUGACAAUUUGACUAACUCAUGAUGAAAUCGAGGUAUGAAAAGUUCGAUCAUCGACUUGCGAGACGAGGGCAGGGCCGCUUUGGCCGCGCACAAAAAAGAUGAGACUGUCGAUGAUGAUGGAGAUGGCGUUCCAGAUGUGCAACAAAUUUCACCGCGAGACCUGGCAAUGCGCAAAACACUAUUGGUUUUGCGAGUCAUCAACCCAGAGAAGGUGUCAAAGGCAUUUUCCGCAGUCGUUGCUGGGUACUUACAACUAUUCUUGAUAUGAAUGUUCAUAGAAGCACCCACCAUCUACCUAUUGCACAGCGUUAAAAUCAAAAAUGCAUGUUCGUAGAGGCUUGGGGUGGUUGUCCACCUCUGCACCACCUUUCUUGUUCAGUCUGAUUGCCGUGCUCGCUUCGCUGAAGCUCACAUUCGCACGAUCGAUUACUCUGGGAGCCACACUUGGGGAGGUGAUUCAGAAGCGAGUGGACGCAAAAGUCACCCCAGUAGUCCAGGAACUCGUGCCUGACGACGCAAAAAAAUGGGUUCCAAUCGUAUUUAAGGCCAUAGAAAUAUAGUUCAAUACACAUGAUCGGAGCGCUGAAUGGUAGACAUGCAUUCUCAUGGCUUUUCCGACCAUCAUCUUCUAGUUAUCUCCUAAAUGGGAAUCAAAAAGUAUUUUCAGGUUCAACGACGUUUUACAAACACAAAGGGAUGUUCAUGUGCAAGGUGCAAUUCUUGUGUGGGGAAAGCUCUAAUGUUUUCGGAUGGGCCGGCAAGAUUUUCGCAGUCUGGGUUGCCUGCAUGCUGCAGACUGUCAUUUCUGCGUUCCACAGUGCAAUUCGAGGUGGGCAGAUGUUUGGUGUUGCACUCGUGCGAUAUCUCAAUAAAACAGGAAAAAUCUCCCACAACGAGGACGAGUCCCUCAUGGAUGAGGCAGCUGGAUACGGUGCUGCUGGUGUGGGAUUCCUGUACAUUAAUACUAUUGAUUCUUGCCGAUUGAAGAGCACCCCGAAGAAAAGAACUAGUACCGAUAAACUGAACCGAUAGAUACCAAGCACUACACUUGAACUUGAUUCGGAUUUAGAGGACAUCCUCUCAUCCCUGAUGAGAAUCAAAUCGAUGUCUUGAAUGAAUCUGUUUCUAGGUUCCAGCUCUACAUGGGAUUCAGCCUGCCAUUCCCAUUCUGGAUCGUCUUCUUGCCGGCAUCAAUCGCAGAGUACUCACUCGGAACGGCAGUGCAGUGGGUGUAAAUGCCAGAGCCUUCAGUCUAGUGCUAUGCAGAAAGUGCUACGCCAAGCGAGCAACGGAUAACACGCUUUUUUUUUAGGAUGUAGACAUCAUGCAUGAUGAACAUUACAACACUACAGUCGCGCGACGACUCGUACGAAGGUUUUCUGUUCUAACCACGUUGCAGUUGCUCACUUUGAGGAGCAUUGUUCACCUGAAAGUUUCAAAGCAGAUCAAAGAUAUUCUGAUGAAUACAGCUACUAAGUCAAAUAAAGUAACGCAAGCGCUGCAAUGUUUACGACCUCGAUGUCGUCAGCGAUCGCACGGGCGCUCAGUGUCAAGUGCGGUUACAACACAUGUUGUGACGAUUUUCCUAUUUUCUGCUCGCACCGGCACUCUGACCUUUCGUGCAAUAGCUGUGCAUUUCAAUAGUGCAUAGAUCAUACGCAACAUUGAGGUGUCAGCUUUGCCGUCCGAUUGCAGACAUCCAUGAUUGAAAUUUGAUGUCAUUCUCGUUGUUUCAUCAUACCGCCUGUACAAAAGUUUGAGUUUGUAGAUAUGUCUGAUUUUAUGGAUACUUCAUUUUAUCAACGCAUGUAAUGUAGUUCCGCGGCUAUUUCUUUGUUUGACGCUACAAAAUCAGAUGUUGUUCAAUCAAUGCCAAAUUAAAACGUGAAGGUCAGGAACAAUAUUUUUCAGCAGCGCCACCAGGGCUUCUAAUUAAGAUAAGAAAAGCACACUCACACAACGCGAACGCCAAAGAAAUCUAUUGUGAAGAAUAGUACAACAAAGUUGCAGACCCA